AUGCCACCGAGUACCAGGCGCGUAGAGCGUACCCUGCAAGCCGCCGACAACGACACAAAUGUCACAAGCACAAUCUCAACCAAGCCAUUUCCCUUUCUCGAGCUUCCAGAUACAGUCCGUCAACGUUUCUACGAACUCCAACUCGAGGCGCCGCGUAGAUUUGUUCGUCUUUUCAGCAAAUCUGGCCCUUUGCGUACCGAUGGCAAAGUGACACCUGCAAAAGUCAGAAUCAACAUCAUGUUCACCUGCCGACAAAUCUACGAAGAGGCUAUGCCAGUGCUGUACCGCGUCAACAAUUUCUGCAUUGCUCCCCUCUUAUUUCGCUCAGAUCCUGCCCAAGACGAGGACGAUAUGUUGCAGAGUGAGAAAUGGAUCCGGGCUAUGCCUACCAAAGGGCGAAACCUCAUCAACAAGCUUGAAUUGUGGCUUCCAAUAUCCCCACCGGACAGAAAUCGUGGUGUUUAUUUUGGAAAAUGGCAAAACAUGCGAGUUAUGUUUCCUGGUCUGAGGACUUUGACCCUUUUCUUCGAUCUCAACAAUCAACUUGAUCGGACAUGGUGGGCCAUACCAGACCCUGACAUGCGUGAAGCAUUCUACCGGCGUUUCAAGGACAGUAUGCCACAAGCCAGACAGACUUUUAUUGAUCUAAGAAUGCUCAAGCCAAGUCUUGUACAGUGGCAGCCACUCAUCGACACAAUCAACAAGGUCUGGGAUGUUUCUAAAGGCGAAUCUGUGUACAUAAGCCAAGACAUACACCAUGCGAAUAAGCACGCAGAGCAGAAAACCAUCUUGGACAAGGCAUUACUGGAUGAGUUUGGACCGAGGGCUGCUAGUCAACAAGGACUCAGUUACUGGCAGAUUCGACAGAACCUGACCAUCAACGAAAACUUAUGCCUUACUGACGAUGAUACCGAUGACGAGAUAGGAUGUUUCGAUAAGUUUGACGUACAGAGGAUCGUUGCAAGGAAACGCAAAAAGGCGGACAUCGUGGAGCUUGGAUUGUUUGACUUUGAAGAGGAUGAUGGUUCAUGGUGGUGA